AUGAAAUAUCAUAAUUGUUAAUCAUUAUAAUAAUAAAUUAUAAUCAAGCAUUUUAUUGGAAAUGUCUGGAUAAGGCAGUUUGAUGUCUAAAUUCUAGUCUUUUUCUUUCAUCAUAAUAAAAUACUAUUAUUCCUAUAAUGGAAGGCACCAAAGCUAAAUUUAGUAAGAUUUAUACCAACAGCAAAGACAACAACAGCUAUGGGUAUAAGUGCAACACCUAUUAACAAAGCGAGAAUCAACAAGCAUGCCUAUAUCCNAUCAUAUCCUUUAGAUACAAUUAGAAGAAGAAUGAUGAUGUAAUCAGGUAUUUUUUUAUCAUUAUCUAUUAAUUAGGAAGAGCUGAUAUUCUUUAUAAAAAUACACUCGAUUGUGCAGUCAAGAUUGCCAAGAAUGAAGGCUCAAAGGCCUUUUUCAAAGGAGCCCUUUCAAAUUUCUUCAGAGGAAUAGGUGCAUCACUCGUUUUAGUUCUUUAUGAUGAAAUCUAACAAUUCAUUGCUCCAGGAACUAAAUCUGCAGGAGGUGAAUGA